GGUAUAGGGUUUCCUACCUUGGACUAAAUGACCUCCAAGGUCCCUUCCAACUUUAUUAUUAUUAUUAUUAUUAUUAUUAUUAUUAUUAUUAACCCUCAACUAAGACUGCAGGGAUAUUUCCAACUCUGCAUAUAUUCUCUGUCUUCAGAGAAAUAGAAAUCACCUGGAUGAGGGAGGAAUACUUCAACGAAAGCCAAAUCAGUCUGUGCUUCAUCUGAGUGCCACAAAGACCCACCAGGAAGCAGAGCAGCUGUUUUCCCAAAACCCACCCAUAAAAAUGUGUCGCCCAUGAUAGCAGUGCCAACCCCAGAUUUCCACCACUUAGUUCUAAGGGCUCUUCCCAUAGUCCAGCCAUUGGUGAACCUGGCCGAGCAUUAUCAUCGUGGACUAUAGAGUUUGGGCAGCAAUUCAGUAAGGAAUUUUCUUUGACCCAUUCAGACACUGCAAGUCCUGAGCCUCCCAUCUUUUAUAGCCAUAGCAGGUUAGAUGUUCAACUAAGUCUGCUGCUCUUCUCAGGGCUUUUGUAACAGCUAACAAACAGGAGUGUUUCAAUACAAGGAAGAUGCACCGUUGCCUUAGGUAAGAACUAUUUUGCAACAGUUCACUGAGGUGAUAUGAUGCAAUCAUUACAACUCCAUAAAUAGAGAGCCAAGUCUGUCCAAGGAGUAAGAUUUUGUCCAGAACCAGUCUCAGCAUGAAGAUCCUUUAUCUGCUGUUCGCAUUUCUUUUCCUUGCAUUCCUGUCUGAACCAGGGAAUGCCCAACCACGGUGUCGUCGUCUAGGAGGAAAAUGCUUUCGCAAACGAUGUCCUCCGAAACAUGUUUAUCUUGGGCGGCAGGACUGUUGGCAGCGACGGAGGUGCUGUAAAAGCUUUGGAAAGUGGAAAAUAAUGCCAUCUCCAUCUAGGACCAUGGAUAUCUUCAAGAUAUGGCCAAGGACCUGAGAGUGCCGCCUGCUAUCGCUUCAUCUUUCUUUAUCUAAAUCAAAUUGCUACCCAUCAAA